AUGGCCAAAUUGGACAUCAACAUUCCGGACUUGACACUCCCCGAUGGCAACAAAAUACCACUUAUCGGCUAUGGUACCGGCACGGCGUGGUUCAAGACAGACGGCAAUUCCCCAAAAGACCAGAAACUGAUCGACGCUGCAAAACUCGCAAUCAAAACCGGAUAUACCCACUUGGACGGCGCCGAAGUCUACAACACCGAAGAGGAACUGGGCGAUGCCAUUAAACAAAGCGGCGUGUCUCGUGACAAGCUUUUCGUUACCACCAAAGUGAUUACCAAUAUUCAAGAUAUCCCUGGGGCCAUUGACACCAGUUUGAAAAAGCUUGGAUUAGAUCAUGUCGAUCUGUAUCUUAUCCACGCGCCAUUCUUCGCCAAAGGUGACGAGACCGCGCUUCAGCAGAAAUGGGCCCAGAUGGAAGAGGUUGCUGCCAGUGGGAAAGCGAAGAGUAUCGGGGUGAGCAACUUCCUCAAGCCACAUCUCGAUGCCAUCUUGAAGACGGCCAAAGUCCGUCCAGCCAUCAAUCAGAUUGAAUUCCACCCUUACCUACAGCAUGGAGACCUGGUGGCAUAUCACAAAAACAAGGAUAUCAAGAUUGCUGCGUACGGUCCUCUCCUUCCCAUCACCAAAGCCAGCGGCGGACCUCUCGACCCAUUGUUGGCAUCUCUGGCCAAGAAAUAUGCCGUCAGUCCCGGUGAGAUCCUAUUGAGAUGGGUCAUUGAUCAGGACAUUGUGGCAGUCACCACCAGCUCCAAAGAGCAGAGAUUAAGCGAUUAUCUCCGGGUGUUCACCUUCAAAUUGACGCCCAAAGAGGUUGAAGAGAUCUCCGACGCGGGCAAGGACCAUCACUUCCGAGGGUUCUGGAACCACAUCUUCGACAAGGAGGAUAGAGCAUGA